AAUAUGCAAAACACUUAAAAAAAAACCUCUGUUGAUAAUAAGAUUUCCAUUUACCUCCUUUUUAUUUAAUUACACGGCGUUGUUUUCCAUCAUCCCUCUUUUGCCAAGGAAAUGAACUCAUCCAUCCAACAAACAAAACCCAUUUCGUUUCUCAUGGCAACUUCCUUCUGCGUUUGUGCUACUCCUCGCUGGACCAACUCAAGUAUUCCUUCAGUCAAACAAUGCAAAUUCGUUGGUCAAUCUGUGGUAACCCAUCCGUCCAUGCAUCCUUCCAUAGAUGUGAAGGCCCAGGCUGAUGAUGAAGAUAUGGCUGUCAUGAACCAUGUCAGGUCUGAUGUUUGGGUUGUGAUGUUGGAUGAGCAUGGAUUGGAUAUAGGGUCUGAGCGGUUUGCGGAAUUAGUAGGAGAUGCAGGGAGUAACGUAGGGAACUAAAACUCACUAAAAGGUUGCUGACAUUGAUGUAUUCAUUUAUCUAUGGAAUUGGAUUUGUUCUUGGUAUCAAUAUUUCUCUGUUCUGUGGCAAGAAUUAUGUAUAGCAAUGAACUUGCUGCUCUGUU